AUGACCACUCGUGCAUGCUUGUCUCACGACUCCUGCUUGGAUCGUUCUUCUCCUCUUGCUCCUCUCCCUCCACUGCCGCUAACUCAUCCCCUUUCCCCCCACCCUCGCUCCAGUUUCGAUGCCUGCGCGGACCUCCCUCCUGCUUGCGCGGACGAUGCUGCUGCCUUUGCGGACGACAUUGCUGCCUUUGCCGACGACAUUGCUGCCUUCGCGGACGACAUUGCUGCCUUCACAGAUGAGAGUUUCUCUGGACCCGCAUGCAGCGACUUGGCGGGCAGCAGGGCGCUCUUCCUUGGCUGCACAGACCGCCUGCCACACGCUCCUCGCAAGAGAUCAGAUGAAAAGGUAUCCCCAUGGGUGUGCGCAGCAGCAGAGCUCGUUCCCGCGCGCAUGUGUGCUUGUUUUGGCAUGUCGCCCUCUUUGGAUGUACCGCCGUUGGAAGGGGAAGUCGUUGUGCGUUCAGCCACGGUUGCUGCUGCUGGUGGAGGCGCAGGCGGCGGCGGCAGCGGUUGUGGUGACGGCUGUGGUGCUGAUGGCGGCGUUGGUGGUGGUGGUGGUGUGGUGGCGGCGUUGGUGGUGUUGGUACCCUCUGGUGGUGGUGGUGGCGGUGUUGGUGUUGGUGGUGGUGGUGGUGUUGGUGGCGGUGUUGGUGUUGGUGGUGGUGGUGGUGGUGGUGGUGGUGGUGGUGGUGGUGGUGGUGGUGGUGGUGGUGGUGGUGGUGGUGGUGGUGGUGGUGGUGGUGGUGGUGGUGGUGGUGGUGGUGGUGGUGGUGGUGGUGGUGGUGGUGGUGGUGGUGGUGGUGGUGGUGGUGGUGGUGGUGGUGGUGGUGGUGGUGGUGGUGGUGGUGGUGGUGGUGGUGGUGGUGGUGGUGGUGGUGGUGGUGGUGGUGGUGGUGGUGGUGGUGGUGGUGGUGGUGGUGGUGGUGGUGGUGGUGGUGGUGGUGGUGGUGGUGGUGGUGGUGGUGGUGGUGGUGGUGGUGGUGGUGGUGGUGGUGGUGGUGGUGGUGGUGGUGGUGGUGGUGGUGGUGGUGGUGGAGGUGGGGUGGCAGUGGGGGUGUGA